AAAAAAAAAAAAGGAAAAGAAAUAAUAAUAACACGAAGGUUUCGUCUUUCAGACCAAGAACACAACGAGAGCGAAACACAAAGAUAUUGCGCGGAGCGAGAGAGAGAGAGAGAGAGAGAGAGAGAGAGCGCGAGAGAGGUGUCAGAGAGACUCUGAGAGAGCGAUUUUCUGGAAGAGAAACAGCUAUCAAUUCCCAACGCUUGUCGAUCUGUGUUCGUCGAAGUCUAUAUCUUCACACGUUGUUCGGUUCGUAGCUGGAUUAUCUUGACGAUCUGUGCAAUUUAGGCUCUUCAAUUUUCUCGGGUUUUCGAUUUGGAGCGAAGGAUCCGAAAGCGAGCGAGAGAGUCGAAGGGAAAAUUGCAGCAUGAGCAUCGAUAGCCCCGGGAGAGGGGACAGUUAGGGUUUUGAAUUUCGGCGAAGAGAGUUGGGAUUUCCAUGGGCGAUGGAGGCGUGGCAUGCAUGCGUUUGCAACAUAACAUCAUGGAGAGGUUUCCAAUUCCGGAGAAGACUGCGAUUUGCGGAGGCAAGAACGCUAACAACAAUGGGUUCAGUACCAAGUCAGUCAAGUUGGCUGACCCAGAGAGAAAGAAGAAGAAGAUGAAGCCCAAGAAAGAAGAGGUCUCGAGGAACAACGGGGAAUCAGAGAGAAGUCAACUGGGAUUGGACAGAGGUGGGAAGAGCAGUGCUAGGGAAGUUGAGAACGGCAACAAUUGCGAGGAGAAGGAGGAAGUAGAGGAAGGUGAGUUGGGGACUUUGAAAUGGCCCAAGGGUGAAGUGGAAAAUGGGGAAUUUGUGCCAGAGAAGUCUAGGAGAAAUGAUAUUGAGAAAGGAGAGAUUGCUGGUGAGAAAUGGAGGAAAACUGAUGCAGAGAAGGGAGAGUUCAUUCCUGGUAAAUGGCGACGAGGGGAUGUGGAGAAGGGGGAGAUAAUAAUUUCAGAGAAGAGCAAGAAAGGUGAAAUUGAAUUUGGGUCGUGGAGGCCACCACCGAGAGAUGAAAUUGAGAAAGGAGAGUUCAUUCCUGACAGAUGGCAGAAAGGAGAAGUGGCCAGAGAUGAUUACAAUUACAAUAAAAUGCGCAGGUAUGACCCAGGUAAGGACAAAGGUUGGAAGUUUGAGCAUGAGCGCACGCCACCUUCUGGAAGGUAUUCAAAUAUGAGUGAUGAUGCUUUUAGAAGGAAAGAAUUUAGUAGGAGUGGGAUUCAGCACUUCAAGAAUACUUCCAGGUGGGAGAGUGGCCUGGAUAGGAAUAUAAGGAUCAGUUCGAAAAUUGUUGACGAGGAAGUUUUAUAUAAGAAUGAGUGCAACAACGGUAAGAAUCAUGGAAGGGAACACUCGACUGGUAAUAGGUUGAAGCGAUAUGGUACUGAUUCAGAUGUCAGUGAGCGCAAACACUAUGGUGAUUAUGGAGAUUAUGCAGGUUUAAAAAGUAGGAGGCUUUCUGAUGACAGCAGUCGUUCUGUUCAUGCAGAACACCAUUCACGCCAUUCUGUAGAGAGGUCUUAUAGAAAUUCUUCUUCAUCUAGACUAUCUUCAUCUGAAAAGUACUCCAGGCAUUAUGAAUCUACGUUGACUUCCAGAGUUGUCUACGACAGGCAUGGGCGAACUCCAGGUCAUAUGGAGCGGUCCCCACGUGACAGGGGCCGGUAUUAUGAUCACCAGGAUCGGAGUCCAGGCCGCCGGGAGAGAUCCCCAUAUGGUCGUGAGAGGUCACCAUAUGGUCGUGAGAGAUCACCAUAUUGUCGUCAGUUUGAUCAUAGAAACCGUAGUCUUACCCCACAAGACCGGCCCCGACACCAUGAUCGGAGAGAUCGCACUCCAAACUAUUUGGAGCGGUCCCCGCAUGAUCGUACCAAGCCUAAUAACCAUCGGGAAAUAGGUAGGAAAGUUGGAUCAACUGAAAAGCGCAACUCCCAGUAUGGUAACAAAGGACAAGAAGAUAAGCUGGUCCAGAGGGAAUCUAAUGUAAAAGAUUCAUAUUCCUCUGUUAAAGAAUCUCAGGAUAAGAGCACUAUUCCCAAUAUCAGUGAAUCUAUAGAGACCAAUGCAACUUCUGAGGUUCACAAAGAGGAGCAGUUAGAAAGCCCAAGUGUAAAUUGCAAAGAAACUUCUCAUAUAAGUGGAAUUCCACUUGAAGAGGUACCUUCUAUGGAAGAAGAUAUGGAUAUUAGCGACACACCUCCACAUGUCUCAGUGGUUACUGAUUCAUCCACAGGGAAAUGGUUUUACCUUGAUUAUUUUGGUGUGGAACGUGGGCCGUCUAAGUUAUGUGAUCUCAAGGCACUUGUGGAAGAAGGGGCAUUAAUGCCUGAUCAUAUGGUCAAGCAUUUGGACAGUGAUAGGUGGGUAACAGUUGAAAAUGCAGUUUCCCCGUUGGUGACUGUGAAUUUCCCAUUCAUUGUCUCAGAUUCUAUAACCAAGUUGGUGAACCCUCCAGAAGCUUCUGGUAAUGUACUGGCAGAUAAUGGCGAUGUUGGUCACUCUGGUAUUCUGACUGCCGAGGAAAUGGCAGUCAUUUCGCGGCAACCAGAUGGCAGUGAAGCGGCUUUUGAGCCUGUAGAAGAUUUCCACAUUGAUAAAAGGGUUGGUGCUCUCUUGGAUGGUUUCACAGUUAUUCCUGGCAAAGAGCUUGAAGCUGUUGGAGAAGUACUACAAAUGACUUUUGAACAUGCACAGUGGGAUGGAUGGGGAAAAAUAGAAGGUUUUACUUUGAAUCCCGGUCUCAGCAGUGAACAGGAUGAUCCGGCAAUUGAUGAAUCAUCAUUUUAUUUUGAUAACAAAUUACAAGAAAUGGCAGAAUCCAGAUCCAACGCACCCUUGGACAAGGAUCAAGGUUUUACACAUGGUGAUUCUGUUGACUGGUUUUCAGGUAGAUGGUCAUGUAAGGGUGGUGAUUGGAAGCGGAAUGAUGAAGCUGCCCAAGAUAGAUCUUCUAGAAAGAAAUUUGUGAUCAAUGAUGGUUUUCCAUUAUGUCAGAUGCCAAAGUCUGGGUGUGAGGACCCUCGGUGGCUUCGGAAAGAUGAAUUAUAUUAUCCUUCACAUAGCAGAAGGCUGGAUCUACCUCCUUGGGCCUUUACAACACCAGAUGACAGGAGUGAUUGCAGUGGCAUGAAUAGAUCAAUUCAAAGUAAGCCUACUGUCACUAGAGGAGUGAAAGGAACAAUUCUACCCGUAGUCAGGAUAAAUGCAUGUGUGGUUCAAGACCAUGGUUCAUUUGUUUCUGAGCCUCACAUGAAAGUUCGUGGAAAAUUGAGGCAUUCUUCGAGGGCUUCUCGGUCAUAUUCUGCUAGUAGUGAUGGCAAGAGAUCGUCAGCAGAAGGUGAUAUUCAAUCAAGAACUAUAAGUGAUCAAGGUUUGCAGGGCUCUUUGAAAUGCACUGCAUCAAUUAACACCCCAAAAGAUCGAAUUUGCACAGUUGAUGACUUGCAGUUACAUUUGGGUGAAUGGUUUUACCUUGAUGGUGCUGGACACGAACAAGGACCUUCAACGUUUUCGGAGCUACAGGCCUUGGUGGAUCAAGGAACUAUCCAAAAAUAUAGCAGUGUUUUCCGUAAAUUUGAUAGAGUCUGGGUUUCAGUUACUUCUGCAGCGGAGACUUCUGACGCUACUGCCAAGAUUCAGCAGAAAAAUGCAGGUGAUUCUUCUGGACCUCCUAUGAAGCAAUCUCAGGGUGAUCCAAAGCCCAGUUUAUUUCACAACCUGCACCCUCAGUUCAUUGGAUAUACCCGUGGAAAGCUACAUGAAUGGGUGAUGAAAUCAUACAAGACCCGGGAAUUUGCUGCAGCUAUAAAUGAGGUUUUAGAUCCAUGGAUUAAUGCAAAACAACCAAAGAAAGAGAUGGAGAAGCAUGUUUACUGGAAAGCAGAAGGUGAUGCACGUUCGGCCAAAAGAGCUCGAAUUCUGUAUGAAAGCGAAGAUGAUUAUGAAAUUGAUGAGGAUGUGCAGACAAUUCAAAAGGAAGAAUCAACAUUUGAUGAUUUAUGUGGUGAUUCAUCCUUCUACUGUGAAGAGAGUCUAACUUCUGUCUCAGAGAUUGGAAGCUGGGGUUUAUUGGAUGGCCAUGUUCUGGCAAGGGUCUUUCAUUUUUUGAGAUCUGAUGUGAAAUCCCUUUAUAUUGCUUCUUUGACUUGCAAGCACUGGAGAGCUGCUGUCAGGUUUUACAAGGAUAUUUCCAGACAGAUUGACUUGUCAUGUUUGGGGCCUAAUUGCACUGACUCCAUCUUCUUGAACAUUAUGAGUGGUUAUGGCAAAGAUAAGAUCAAUUCUGUUCUUUUAACUGGCUGCAUCAACAUCUCCUCCAGCACACUUGAAGAAACUCUUUGUUCACUCCCUUCUUUGUCUACUAUAGAUAUUAGGGGUUGCAGCCAGUUUUCAGAGUUGGUCCUUAAAUUUCAGAAUGUGAACUGGAUUAAGAGCCGUAAUUCACGUGGUAUGAAGAAUUUUGAUGACUCACAUUGUAAAGUAAGGAGUCUGAAGCAGAUCACUGACAAAUCUUCAUCGGCUUACAAGGUUAAGGGUCUGGGUGGUGAUACUGAUGAUUUUGGUGAUCUAAAACAAUAUUUUGAUAGUGUGAAUAAGAGAGACUCAUCAAAUCAAUUAAGAAAUUUAUACAAACGUUCUAAACUUUUUGAUGCUCGAAGGUCCUCAUCCAUACUAUCUAGGGAUGCCCGUAUGAGACAAUGGUCAAUUAAGAAAUCUGAAAAUGGGUAUAAAAGGAUGGAAGAAUUUCUGGCUUCAAGUUUGAAGGAUAUCAUGAAGGAGAAUACCGUUGACUUCUUUGUGCCCAAGGUUGCAGAAAUUCAGGAUAAAAUGAAAAAGGGUUAUUAUAUUGGUCGUGGAUUAAGCUCUGUCAAGGAGGACAUCAGUCGAAUGUGUCGUGAUGCUAUAAAAGCAAAGAAUCGGGGUGAUGCCGGAGACAUGAAUCGUAUUAUUACAUUAUUUAUUCAACUGGCAACACGUUUGGAAGAGGGGUCUAAGCCUUCUUAUGAAAAAGAUGAGAUGUUCAAGUCAUGGGAAGAUGAUUCAUCUAGUAGCAAGUAUAAAAAGAAGCUCAAUAAAGUAACUGAAAGGAAGUACUUGAGUAGGAGCAAUGGAAUUUCCUUCAUGAAUGGUGGUUUAGAUUUUGGAGAGGAUGCAUCUGACCGAGAAAUCAGAAGGCGGUUAUCCAGAUUGAAUAAAAAAUCUAUGGAUUCAGAAAGUGAUACUUCUGAUGAUCUUGACAGGACAUCUGAUGAUAGCAAAGGCGAUACUGAGAGUACCAUCUCAGAUACUGAAAGUGACAAAUCAGAAGGUCGAUCUGGAUUAUCCAGAGGAGAUGGAUACUUCACACUUGAUGAGGGUUUGGAUUCUAUGACUGAAGAUCGUGAAUGGGGUGCUCGUAUGACAAAAGCAAGCCUGGUUCCUCCUGUUACAAGAAAAUAUGAAGUUAUUGAUCAAUACGUAAUUGUAGCAGAUGAGGAGGAAGUAAAGCGGAAGAUGCAAGUAUCGUUACCUGAUGAUUAUGUUGAGAAGCUUAAUGCACAAAAGAAUGGAACUGAGGAGACGGAUAUGGAACUUCCUGAAGUCAAGGAUUAUAAGCCCAGAAAACAGCUUGGAGGUGAGGUUAUUGAGCAAGAAGUUUAUGGAAUUGAUCCCUACACCCACAAUCUUUUACUUGAUUCAAUGCCAGAGGAAUUGGAUUGGAACCUUGAGGAUAAGCAUGUGUUUAUUGAAGAUGUUCUCCUUCGCACGCUCAAUAAGCAAGUUAGGCACUUCACUGGGACUGGAAAUACUCCCAUGAUGUUUUCGUUGCGGCCUGUUAUUGAAGAAAUUUGGAAAGCUGCCGAGGAGAAUAGAGAUUUGAAAACUGUGGGUUUGUGUCAGGGUAUCUUGAAGGCCAUGGAUAGCCGCCAUGAUGACAAAUAUGUUGCUUAUAGAAAGGGGCUUGGAGUUGUUUGCAACAAAGAAGGUGGUUUUGGAGUGGAAGAUUUUGUUGUUGAGUUUUUGGGAGAGGUCUAUCCUGUUUGGAAGUGGUUUGAAAAGCAAGAUGGGAUUCGCUCUUUUCAAAAAAAUAAUAAAGAUCCAGCUCCAGAGUUUUACAACAUUUAUCUUGAGAGGCCUAAGGGUGAUGCUGAUGGAUAUGAUUUAGUUGUUGUUGAUGCCAUGCAUAAGGCGAAUUAUGCAAGUCGAAUUUGUCACUCGUGUCGGCCUAAUUGUGAAGCAAAGGUUACUGCUGUAGAUGGUCAUUACCAGAUUGGAAUUUAUACUCUACGCCCAAUUCGCAAUGGUGAGGAGAUCACAUUCGAUUAUAAUUCUGUUACAGAGAGCAAGGAAGAAUAUGAAGCGUCUGUUUGUUUGUGUGGCAGCCAAGUCUGCCGGGGAAGCUACUUGAAUUUGACUGGCGAAGGGGCUUUUCAAAAGGUGCUUGAGGAGUGGCAUGGAAUUCUGGAUCGACAUCAAUUGAUGCUAGAAGCUUGUGAUAUAAAUUCAGUGUCGGAAGAGGAUUAUCUUGACUUGGGAAGGGCUGGUUUAGGCAAUUGUUUGCUUGGUGGGUUGCCAGAUUGGCUUGUUGCAUAUUCGGCUCGCCUGGUGAGGUUCAUAAAUUUCGAAAGAACUAAGCUUCCUGAAGAGAUCCUAAAGCAUAAUUUGGAAGAAAAAAGAAAAUAUUUUUCAGAUAUUUGUCUGGAUGUUGAGAAGUCUGAUGCCGAGGUUCAGGCUGAGGGUGUUUACAACCAAAGGCUUCAGAAUUUGGCAGUUACUCUUGACAAGGUCAGGUAUGUUAUGAGAUGCAUUUUUGGCAACCCAAAGAAUGCUCCACCUCCUCUGGAGAAGUUGAGUCUCGAAGAAGCUGUUUUCUUCCUCUGGAAGGGGGAGGGUUCACUUGUUGAGGAACUUCUUCAGAGCUUGGCUCCUCAUGUGGAGGAAAAAACACUAAAUGAUUUGAAGUCCAAGAUUCAUGCCCACGAUCCAUCAGGUUCUGAAGACAUUCAGAAAGAACUUAAAAAAUCUUUGUUAUGGUUAAGGGAUGAAGUCCGAGAUCUUCCAUGUACAUAUAAGUCUCGGCAUGAUGCUGCUGCAGACUUGAUCCAUACUUAUGCUUACACAAAGUGUUUUUUCAGAAUACGGGAAUACAAAGCCGUAACUUCUCCACCAGUAUACAUUAGUCCACUUGACUUGGGCCCCAAGUGUAAAGAUGAAUUUGGGUCGGAUUUUCAGGAGUAUAAGAAGACAUAUGGGGAGAAUUAUUGUUUAGGGCAGCUGAUUUUUUGGCACAAUCAGACUAAUGCUGACCCAGAUAGUAGCCUGGCCAGAGAUAGUCGGGGUUGCUUGUCAUUGCCUGAUAUUGGUUCCUUUUAUGCCAAGGCUCAGAAGCCUUCUCGACAGCGUGUUUAUGGCCCUAGGACAGUGAGAUUUAUGCUGGCAAGGAUGGAGAAGCAGCCGCAAAGACCUUGGCCCAAGGAUCGAAUAUGGUCAUUCAAGGGCAAUCCAAAAGUUCUUGGCAGUCCUAUGCUAGAUUCUGUGAUAAGUAAUUCUCCAUUGGACAGGGAGAUGGUGCAUUGGUUAAAGCACAGGCCUGCAAUAUAUCAGGCAAUGUGGGAUCGAUAGAAGUUGUCUUUGGGCAUCCGGCAGGAUUACCGGCCAAUUCAUUAAUUGUUUCAGUAUGAUCUCUCAAUUCUAGGUCACAUUUGCCCCUGUUUGAUGGUGGGUAAAUCAUUUGAAAGCAUUACCCGUUGCACUAGUGCUUUCUUCAUUAUUGUGUACAGUUUUUUUCUAUUUCUUUUUUAAUCUUUGUAAUUGUAAUUCAUUAUCUAGUGUUAGAGCCAUUUGUUUUCCCCUUGAUCUAAUUGAAAGAAGGAAAUAUAGAAGGGAAAAAGAAAAGAAAAGAAAAGAAAAGGAAAUGUCCCAAAGGCUGUGUGCAAGUUAUUUAUAGCUUUCAUAAUUUUUGCGGUGUAACAUGUGAUAUGUAAUUAACAACAGUUUUGAUAAGCAUAUGCUUACAAUCUGUAGGGAAAAUCCAAUCUGUUACGAAGUAAAUACACGAGGGUCUUAAAACAA